AUGGUGGCGCAGGUUGAUUUCCCGGAUGAGGAAGCGGCGCUGCCCAUAGAGACGCAGGGGGGAGAGCGGCGCGAUGACGGAGGGAGCGGAGACGGCUGCGGCCUGCGGAGCAGCGCUCAGGUGAAGAAGGGGGGAAAAAGACGCCGGGGCGGAGCCCCCCCCCCACCUGAGGGGGCGAGGGCGAGUGGAGGCCCCGGAAGAGUAAUACGGAGGGGGGAGUUAGGAGGCGCCCCCAAUACCCCGCCUUCGCUCCAGCAUGGCAUAAACAGCUCGAGGCGGGGGGGGGGGGCUUAAUUAGUUAAUUAGCUAAUAAGACUUUUGGGGUCAUCCCCCCACUCAGGCUCCUCCUGUGGAGAAUGUUUUGUUUCUUUUUAUGAUGUAAUUUAUUUCUAUAUAUGUUUUUAAAUGUAUGGAAGGUGGCUAGGAAACCCUUGGGUAAUAAAUGACUGAAUAUUGUGAUGACGAUGAGGAUCCUCUGAGGGUCCCAUCCUGAACUCGCCCACCGAAAGUGCUUUGGCGAGACUCCCAGAGAAAGGGAGCUUUUUCAGGGCAGCUUUCUGGGCCUUGGCGUGGGCCCCCAGGCGGAGGAGGGCUUAGUCAGCUAAGGGCAACCAGGUAGAAAAUCCGACAAGGCUCGCAAGUGUUGCGGAGAAGAGAUUUCAGCAGGAUUAUACCAAGCUGCUUUCUGCAGAGGCAGAGCAUUGGUCCGUUUACCUCAUUAUUGUUGGCACGGACUGGCAGCAGUGGCUCUCCGGGGUUUCUUCAUAGCUGUCAACUUUUCCCUUUUCUUGGGAGGAAUCCUAUUCGGAAUAAGGGAAUUUCCCUUUAAAAAAGGGAAACGUUGACAGUUAUGUGGUUUCUUGGGAUGGGUAGGAGGUCUCUUGAAGCCCAGACCAGAGGUGCUGUUGGGGAUUAAAACUGAGAACUUUUGUUUGCCGAGUAGAUGCUCUGCCAUAGAACUUACGGGGGCGUACACAAAAAUAUAUUCUUGUCCUCAUAGUUCUGAAUGAUGGGCUGAAUUUAAAAGGAACAUAGGAAGCUGAGUUAUACAAAGUCAGAGCCUUGGUCUGUCUAGCUUAGUAUUGUUGACACUGGCUGGUGGCUGUUCAAGGUUUCAGGUGGGGGUGUUUUGUACAUAAGACAUAAGAAGAUGGUGAUGGAUUAGGACAAAGGAUUGGUCCCUCCUCCUGUUUUUACCGUUAACAACCAGAUGCCCCAAAGGAAAACCAGCAAGCAGGACCCAAACACAAGAGCCCUCCCAUCCUAUGGUUUCCAGUAACUAGCAUUCAGAAGCAUUUUGGCCUCUUACCUUGGAGAUGGAGCAGAUUCAUUAUGGCCAUUAUGGCUCUACUAUUGUGCUAUGGUGCCUCCAUGAAGGUGGUUCAGGUCCAUCACCUUUUGAGCCUCCCCCAAUCUUGAAGUGAGUAGGGAAUCCUGAGUGCCUUAGAAUUCCAGAGACCUUUGGAUGAGAACCCUAACAUUUCCACCCCAAAUCCUUCUCUUUUUCUUUCCCCACCGCUCCUCCUCCUCUAGUAGAUAAAAUUCCCCAAGCUGGGUGAAGUGAGGUGGGAAUUUCAGGAUGGAAUGUGAGGAAGGAGCUGCUUCUAAAGGAGGGGAUCAGCAACUGGAGCACAGAAGACAAGGUGGAGACAGGGGUGAGAACUUUGUGCCAUAAUGAAGGCCUUGAUCAUUAGCAGCCUGGAAAAACAAACGUUGGAAGAAGGCAUGGUAGGAUGGUUCACCUUGCCUUGCAUGAAAGAAAGAGGAUAGAGAAAAGUUUUUCUUCCUCUCAUAACAUUAGAACUUGUGGACAUGAAGCUGAAUGUAGGAUGAUUCAGGACAGGUAAAAGAAAGUACCGUAUUUUUUGCUCUAUAAGACGCACCAGACCACAAGACACACCUAGUUUUUGGAGGAGGAAAACAAGAAAAAAAAUAUUCUGAAUCUCAGAAGCCAGAACAGCAAGAGGGAUUGCUGCGCAGUGAAAGCAGCAAUCCCUCUUGCUGUUCUGGCUUCUGGAUAGCUGCGCAGCCUGCAUUCGCUCCAUAAGACGCACAUACAUUUCCCCUUACUUUUUAGGAGGGAAAAAGUGAGUCUUAUAGAGCAAAAAAUACAGUACUUCUUCACGAAGCACUUAUUUGAACUAUAAAGCUUGUUCCCAAAGGAGGCAUUGAUGGAUACCACCAACCUAGAUGGCUUUAAAAGAGGGUUAGACAAAUGGCUACUAGCUGUGAUAGCUAUGCUCUUCCUCCAUGGUCAGAGGCAGCAAUUCUUCUGAAUACCAGUUGCUGAAAGCCAGAAGAUGGGCAAGUGCUCUUGUGCUUGGGUCUUGCUUGUGGGUUUCCCAUAGGUAUCUGCUUAGCCACUGUAAGAACAGGAUGCUGGACUAGAUGGGUGGUUAGCCUGAUCCAGGGGGCUCUUCUAAUAUUAUUUCUGCUCACUUGUCUUUUUCCGUUGUGAAAGGUGGCUGGUCCAACUGUCCUGAUGCUCACUGCCAGUGUGGAGUCCCUGGAAAAAAGCCAUUUUGACCUUCUCAGCUCCUCCAUGUCUGCUGUGGUGCAAGAACUCUACACGAGUCUGCCAGUCACCCUCCCCACUGACCUUGCAGCUCUGUCGGAUCCCACCAUUGUACUUGAUGCUAAACCUGAAGCAUCAACCUUUGUGCUGUCAUGUAGCAGUUUGCCAUCCAAGCCCCACCGGACUCAUGGGUUGAAAAUCUGUUCUCAGGACUCUGCUGAAAGGCUGGAUUGCACAGGCAAAGCCUCUUGCCCUGGGCUGAUGGAUCUGCUUCCUCAAGAGCCUGCAGAAGCCAGAGAUCUGGCUGAGGAUGAUGAUACCCCAAAAAAGGAUGUGAUGGAGUUGGACCCUUGUCACCAACAUUCAAGGGAAGACACGGGAGGGACAAAGGAAUUGGGGAGUGUUGCUGGCGAGGAAGGCCUUGCACAGUCUUAUCUAGCCUCAAAGGAAAUAUGUUGCUUAAGAGAGGUAAGAACCAGGGCCAUUUGGUGUUGGUUUGAAGGCCGUAAUAAAUUUGUUAGCCUCUAUUUCACCUCUAUUUCGCAAGAGAUUAACAUGACACUUCUCUGGAAAAGGGAUGUGUGGGGAAAUAUGUUUAAGUUAAGAUGGGGAAAGAUUUUGGGAUCUGCCUCUUGUGUCAGUGUUAGAAGAAAACAGUUACAUAGCAAUCGCGUUAAAUCAACAACAAGAUAUAGAGGAUUUAGAAAUGGAACGGUUCCAAAUACUGAAGAUGUUGUACAGGCUUAUAUCAGAUUAAGAAUUGCUGCAUGUAUUUAAUCAAGUGUUGACUAUGCAAUCCUAUACCUUUCAGAAUAACCCACCUCUGCCCACUUGAGUUCAAUGGGAGUAACUCCUAGGUCAGUGAGUGUAGUUAGUGAAGAUUGCAGCCUGUGUGAAUUACUGGGUGUCCUCUUCCAUUAAAUCAUGAAGUUAUAUUGCUUGCCACUAUUAAUGGAAUAUCUUGAAAUAUAAAAUCUACAGCUAGUGGAGAACUGUGUUUUGUUAUGAUUCAUUGUUGUAUAAAACAGCACAUUCUCUUUCCCAUUUUCCUUUCAGAAUUCUUGUUUCUUUGUACUAGCCUUGUGAACUAGCCUUGCUCAUAAUGUCUGUUUAAAAUUCAUAACAAGUUACUUUUUAAAAUACUUUAAGGCAUGAAGCUAGUGUUAUACUUCAUCCGAGGACCACUCUGCAUGUUAAAUGGGAACUGGCUUCUUAAAAACAAAUUAAAUUAGCUCAAAUGCAGUAGACCUGUCAAGGAAACAACAGCUUAGAGAACAGAAGGGUUUAGAUGAGGGAAUUGUUGUAUCUUGUCCUCAUGCAAACAUACUGCUCUGAAGAAAAUGGCACCUCCUUCUUGGAAUCUGUUUGGUGGUGGUAUUAAAAUUUUCCAUUGUGAUGGAUAUUUUAAUUCUAUGUUUUAUGAACAUAGGAACCUGCCUUAUAGCAAAUGCAUCUGGUUCAGUAUUGUCUACACCAGGCAUGUCCAAAGUCUGUUUCUGUGGCCUAAUGUGGCCCGCUGGUUGGUUUAAUCCAGCCUCUGGCAGUUUAUUUGCAAUCCAAUAAAAAGCUCAACAACUUCAAUCCUAAAAAAAGUCAACAACUCGUAUGUUUACUUCAUGUAUGUUUACUUCAUCAAACAUACGGCCCUCACGUAUGUUUACUUCAUCAAAUCUGGCCCUCUUUGAAAAAAGUUUGGACACCCCUGGUCUACACUGACUCGAAGCAGCUUUCCAGUGUUUCAGGAGGCAGGGAAUGUUUUUAGCCCUACCUGGAGGUGCUGAAGGCUGAACCGGGGACCUUCUGCAUGCAAAGCAACUGCUCUACCACUCAGUCACAGCCGUUCCUUCAAAAGAGCAGGCAGCUGUUUGGGUCUGUAUGUACACUGGGAGGAAAUAAUCCAUUUAGUUCUUCGUUAUUGUCAAAAUAUCCAAGCGGUGAGUGUAAACAUUGGUGCAAAUAUUUCGUAAAAAUCAGAAACUAAAAAUCCGUAAUAUGAUUAUUAGUAGAAUAAAGCAGCGCUAUCCAUGGCAGGUUGGUUUUGACACCUUGCUCCCGUGUGAGGUGCCAGCGGAUUGGUAGCACAAAAUAAGUGUGGAGAAAGAGUAUCUUUUUAGAAACAAAUCUAGCACAUUUAAUGAAGAAUACCUGGAGACAGAUUCUCUCCACAGACUUAACACCUGCACUGCUUGGGGAAGGUUUGGGGAAGUAAUAAUUAAUCCCUUCUGUCUCUGCUGCUGCUGCUAUUGCUUUGAUGGCUGGCAUUGUGUGUGUUUUUGUUUCAGAAAGAACCUUGGCUAACCCACAUGGGAAGAGGAUUUCUUCCAAGCCCUUCCAAUGUUGAAGCAGCAGGCUUGCAAAAGAACCCAGGUAAUUUGUUUGGCCAAGCUGCUUCUCCCUGCCUGGAUAGUCCAUUUGGGAUUGAAUCAGUUUGAAUAUCAGUAACUAAUAAACGAAACAGUGUGAGCCCAGGAAUGUCUGCUUUAAAAGAUGGGUUUUUAGGAAGUGUUUACAGCUUGCCACGGUUUUUGCCUUGCGAACAGAGCAUGAGAGGGUGUUUGACCAUUGGCCACAUUGACCAGGGCAGAGAGUGCUUCUUUAUGGUCACCUACGGCAUACCUGAGGGACGCGGGUGGCGCUGUGGGUAAAAGCCUCAGUGCCUAGGACUUGCCGAUCGAAAGGUCGGCGGUUCGAAUCCCCGUGGCGGGGUGCGCUCCCGUUGCUUGGUCCCAGCGCCUGCCAACCUAGCAGUUUGAAAGCACCCCUGGGUGCAAGUAGAUAAAUAGGGACCGCUUACUGGCGGGAAGGUAAACGGCGUUUCUGUGUGCUGCGCUGGCUCGCCAGAUGCAGCCUUGUCACGCUGGACACGUGACCCGGAAGUGUCUCCGGACAGCGCUGGCCCCCGGCCUCUUAAGUGAGAUGGGCGCACAACCCUAGAGUCGGACACGACUGGCCCGUACGGGCAGGGGUACCUUUACCUUUACGGCAUACCUGGGUAUGGUUUUCCAUCUCCCUGACAAGGAAAGCAGUGUAUUCCAAUGCUUUCCAGAAAUACCAUUCACCAUUCAGGUCACUGUCUUAAUCAUUUUGUUUUACAUGAUAAAGUAGAGUAACUUGGCUUCUUUUUCCCUCCUGAGAGAAAACUUCAAUUUACCCAUUUCUCUGGCUAAAUGGAGAACUUCUGUGUUCAGAGCCAGUAUAACUUUAUUAAUACAGUGGUGCCCCGCAAGACGAAUGCCUCGCAAAACGAAAAACGCGCAAGACGAAAGGGUUUUUCGGUUUUUGCGUCGCUUCGCAAGACGAUUUUCCCUAUGGGCUUGCUUCGCAAGACGAAGGGCUUGAUCCGCGCUGCGCGCAAACCGCUUUCACCGCCAAUCUAUCUAUGCGGCAGCGGGGAAUCUAAUAGUAAUAGCAAUCGAUACAUUAUUAGCGUCCGGAAACACAGCCGGUGGUGAUGCUGCCCUGCGCCGCUUCGAAAAGUUCCUAGGCUUCAGCCUUAGAACUGGGAGGGGACCUGGCGGCGACACCCGGCUCGGGGUGGGAUUUCCCCGUCUGCACUCUUAGCGCGCGUGGCGACCGCUAGAUCCCGAGGACGGCAGACUGGGGGGGGGGACAUGAAAAGUUUUGCCUGCCCAUCUCCGAGGAAGCGGGGGGAGAUGAUCCCUGCCAAGGGAAGAAGGGGGCACCCAUUUGCCAGCAGUCGGUGCCCCCGAACCAAGGCUGAGGGUGGCGCCAUCGCCUGUCAAAGUGGCCGCAAAGGCGAGCUCCGGUCGUGCGGCUGAGGGAAGCCCCGCUGUGGGUCGUCCAAAGUCAGCCCGAGCACACCACUCACCUAAAAGGCAUGGAGAGACGGAGGGAGCGCGCGAGGAUCCCGGUGCAGAGGAGGCUCCUGCAGCAAGAUAAAGGCAGUCGGCAGCUGGAGGGCUCCAGGACCCGGAGCUGCGGCGGGGCCGUCGAUGGCGUUGCCGGAGACUCCUCCCUCUGGGCCUCGCUCUCUCCACCUUCGCCGCCGCUUGCCCUGCCUGCGAUUGGCCGGGCGCAUCGCUCCGCUCUGCAGAGCGCUGCGCAAAGGCGCGGCGGGACAGGUGUCCGGGGACGCUUUGGCUGAGCGCGCCCCGGGAUCGGAGGUGCGGGGUGCUUGCUGCAGAUCUUAUCUUCCGGGGUCGCUGGGAUGGCGGCGGUCGGGGCUUGUGUUAUGUAAGCGUGUCAGGAGGGACUGCUUAAGAGGCCGGACGAGGCUUAUGCAAUGGCCAGAUGCUCCCUAGGGGUCGAGGCUUGCAGUUGCAGGAACGAGUUUAUACCUGUAGCCACUAAGCCGCUAAGCCGCAAAUAGCCGUGCUUCGCAAGACGAAAAAACCGCAAGACGAAGAGACUCUCGGAACGGAUUAAUUUCGUCUUGCGAGGCACCACUGUACCUGUUGAGGCCAAACAAUGGAGGAGGGGCUCAUAAAUGUACCCACUAGAGAUUUCAGCUCCGUAACCCUUUUGUGGGGUCCCGCUUUGUUUAAUCUGCAAAAGGCAGUAUAUGUUCUAUGAUGUUAACACCAGGUGAGAGAGAUUGGAGAUGGUUUCACCCUUAUCCUCGUCACAAACAAAGUGGUGCCUUCAGAAUUCUAGAACCUCCUCAGAGUUCUAGCCCUAACAGAGAGCCCGUGGGCCAGCCCCAGCUGAGAUGGCAUUUGUCUCUAUAAAGCCUGAGUAGUUGUGCUGGCAGGCUUUUGACUUUCGUUGUCAGAAUUAACAUGUGGGUACCUUGGAGUAAAUUGGAGUGAAUACUGUUGCUCAGUGAAAGGACUGAGCAGAGGAAAGGACCCUGCAGUCCUUUCUGUGUGAACCAGUUAGGCUGGGGUUAAGAAGUCAAGAAAAUGGGUUGAUCUGGUCUGGCUAUUAGUUACUUGCGAACUAGUUAUUUGCUUCCUUUGCUAUCUUGCUCUUGUUGCCUCUCAGGUCACCCGUUGAGUAUUAUUUACUUCUUAAUUAUUUAUUGCAUUUACAUCCCCCUUGAUUUAAAUCAUUUUUUUACAGAAACACUCAUUCUUGCUGGUAAUCAUCUUAAUAUUUACAACCAGAGGAAGGUUUCAUUUUUGGAAUAAUAAAUUUUCAGAGUAGUUUUUACAGUUAUUUCAAAAAUUAUUGAUUUGGUAAUACUAUUGGAAAUACAUAGGCAGAUAAUUAUGAAAUUAUUGUGCGGUUUAAUAAGUUAACUGAUUACAUUGGGGCAACUUUUCUGCUGUACUUUAUUGGAAAGAGAAAAAUAAUCAUUUCCUUAAUAACAAUUUAAACAAUUUAUUUAACUAAACAAUAGCAUUAUAGCAUAUGUAUCCAUGUUUGGUAACUGAUGUGGUUAAACAAUUUGUUUUUUUAAAAAACCUUAGACUGAGUUUUAGCACACAUAAAAAACUUAAAACAAAUCCUUAUUUCCUGAUGAAUAGCAUUUGGACUAUAAUUUAACUUAAUAGAAAACUAUCUUUAGACAGAUCAAAUUUAAAUCAAAAAAAGCUGAUUUAAAUAAAAAAAGCCAAUUUAAAUAUAACAAGCCUAUUAAAAAAAAUAAAAAUCAUUGAUUUUUAUCCACCCUGCUUACAACUAAGGUUGCUUAUAACCUUAUUCUUCCAGUACUAAAAAAAUAAUAAUGGAUGAAUAAGGCAUGUAGCACAUUAACUCCUCCCCUCCCCGUUUCUCUUUUGUGCAGAAGAAAGCCAAGCAAAUGUGCAGGUGACCCCUGAAAAUCUGUCAAACCUCCUGCAAGAAGCACAAGGUAUGAAGGCGAAGGGGACUGAUGGGCUGUUUAGUCAUGCAGGCGAGCACAGUGCCAGAGAGAUUGCAGGUGUCCCACCUGAGAGCAGUGAGUCCUCAGAGGUAGACACAGUCAUGGCCAAAGUUGAGGUUUCAGGAAGCAACACUUUAGUCUCUCUAGAACCUGUGAGCACCAAGAAUGAUGCUUCAGCAAGAGAGCUGCUACAGGAAGACGAAGAAGUGGAGGAGAAUUGUCAAGCUCUGAUCUCCCAUGUUGCUUUGUCAGCAACGAAGUGUAUCCUUCCUAGCUCAGGAGCUGCGGGAGAAAAGUCCCUCAAUCGAGAUGUGGAAGCGAACCCAAUCCUUGACAGUGAUCCAGCUUCCAUGCAAGAUAAGACAAACGUGCCUAAUGACAGUAGCUCUUCUCCAGUUUUGCAAAGUGGGACUACCACUGCUGCUCAGCUGUCAAACUCAGCCCCUGAAGCUUCAGGACAUCACUUGGAAGGCAAUUUGGAGCUUGGAAACAUACUCUGGGAAGAGAACAUGGAUGCUUUUGAAAUUGUCUGUGAAAUGCAGGAGGAAGACUUGAGGAGCUGUGAAAAAAUUGAGCUGCUGGAAGAAUGGGCCUCUGAGCCAGAUACGGAUGAAACUUUGUCCCCAGCGUGCAGCAGUGAAGAGAUGUCCAGCGAAAGCAACCAAGAACAGGAGGUGGAUGCUCAAAAUACGGACCACGCUUACAGUUUGACCUGUGAGGGAGCUAUUGAAAUCCAGAAAAGGGGUGCUGUUCAAUGUUACUGGAAAGACAUUCAAGAAAAGUCUCAGCCACAGGAAAACAGCUUUGCAGAAUCAUCUUCAGUGGCCAAAAACACGUUUCCCUCUUCACCUGCACAUCCAGAAGAUGGAUUAAGACUGGCCUCUAUAGAGGUUGACAGCAUCCAAAAGGAUAAGCAUCAUCAAUGUGCUUCUAGUGACAUAAGCAUGGCUGUUGGGGGAGAAGAAAACAGGUCUCUCAUGGCGGAAGUGGGAAACAUUGGGUGCAUUCAGAACAGCUGCAGCACAAGCAAUGAUUCAAAUCCCACCAGUUGUGACUCUUCGGAUUGUGACUCCAGAUUAGGUGAACAUGCACCACAGAUGGGAUCCCACAGUGGUCCGAAGACAGAAAUCCGAAAGAGUCCUUCAGCUACACACCUGUGUGCUACCACCAUAGGAGAUGUUGGCUCAGAAGAAAAACCCUCAACAGCUCAACUCUGUGACAAUUACUCCUCUGCCCAGCAAACCGAGAGGACUUUAAAUUGCAGCGGGUUACUAGACAGCUUGCCCAGAGAAGAAUUCCCUGCAGAGCUGAAGCUGCAGAGCACCAGCUUCGUACUUCACACCAAGAAAGAGUCACCUUCGCCAAGUCAGAAUGCUGGGAGUUGUAUUACAACAAGGGAAGCAUCCGUGAAAAGCACAGGCCUUAUGCUGAAGGAUACAGAGCAGAAGCCAGCUGAUCAGGAAAUGGCGCAAAUCGAAGCAUAUAGUCCUGGGAACCCAUGCAUGAAUGACCUGUCUUCUGCCAUUGAGACUUGCUGCACCUCAUUGGGAGGUAUCUGCUUAGCUGCUAAUGAUGAUGUUGACGGCAACAGUGUUCUCAAAAGCAAAAGUGAAGAAUCUGAUGGACUGAAAGCAAGUCACUCUUCUGCAUCUGCCAGGGAAGGUGUCCCUCCCGAGGAGCCUGGCAGUGUUGUUAAGGCAGGGGACCAUCAUCCCUGUGAUGACUCAGAUGAUGCUGGAAGAAUCUGGGAUGUAGCUUCUCCUGAAGCUUCAGAAGUGUCAGAUGCGGCAGCUGGAAAUCAGAGGUCUGACGGCAACGAUACUUCUGUGAAAUCACACAUUGCGUUGGAAGUUGAUGCCAGUGUUUUCCCUGCAGAUUCAAACCCAGAAUUAGGUAAAGCUUCGCUGUUGGCUGAAUCUGAUGGAAUGGGAGCAGCUGAAAGUGUAAAAACAUGUGGUGAGAGUUGGAGAAAUGAGAAACUGGCAGAUUACAGAGAUUUUGGCAAAACAAACUGCCUUGAACUUGGCAAACUUGUAAAAGACAAAGGUGAGGAAAAACAAAGGCAGCAUCAAGACCACCACUCCUCUUCCUCCUUUGCACCUGAACCCUCCAGUAUGAAGACUGCCAUGCACUCCAGCUUCCCAGGUCACACAGAGCAGCAGCCUGAUUUUUUGCCCUUGGAGGAUUUAUGUGCUGACAAUCCAGGUCAGCCAGGGGAAACAAGCUGUCAGGCAAAAGUCCAGCCCUUUCCACAUCAGAAUCCUCCUUUUAAUAGACUGGUUUUGUUGAAUCAGAAAAAUGAAUCCCCAGAAAAAGAUGUUUCAGAAUGCCAGCAGCCUCCCUUGAUGUCCUCAAAGAAGCAAAAGGUGGAUCACGCUCUGCAGGCUGUGACCUCAAGUGAAGACACUGAAAAAUCUGUUGACUGUAAUCGGAACAACUCUCUGUGCUGGGAGAGGGGCCACGGCAAAGCUCCAGUUCCGUUGCUUUUAAUAGAAGAAAAGAGUGUUCAAGAAACAUUUCAGCGAACUACAUUAGGCAGUUGCUUAUCUGUUAAAAUGGUGUCAGAAUCUCUUGGCAAUCCAUUGAAAGAAGAGUCCGUAGAACUGAAAAGUGUCGACUCGCAUUCAGAAUGUUGUUCUGAACUUCUGAGGUCAAUAGGGUUUGUUAAUGAUCAGGCUUCUCAAGCAACAACUGAUGAAUCUGCGUCUGGGGCAGUCAGCAGGAGUCCUUCCGAGGUACUAGAUGAAAAAGCAUUCUUACAGUGUAGUAGUGGGCCUGCCUCAUCUCCUAGUCAAAUGUUUUUCCAGCGAAACUCUGUAAACUGUCAGAAAAGUAUGGAGGGAGUGUGUUCAAAGCCGCUGGAGAACAAAGAAGUGCCUACUUUGGCAAGUAUAUGUUUCGGAGUGCAGCUUGCUCAGAAUCCAGCCAUCUGCUUGUCUCAGAAAGAUGAUCCAUGGACAUCUCCAUCUUUUCCUCCAUGUAGUCGCUGUUGUCCCUUUCCCAAAGAACACCCUGGAACAAUCAGCUUCUCUCUCAGUAGACUCUGUUAUCAACAUGUUAACCUGUUAAAUUCAGAGAAUGAAGAGGCAAGCUGUUCUGUUAAAGAAAAUAUGCCCAGAGAUUCUCCUCUAGAUAGCAAGGAAACGUCCGUUUGUGCAGUAGGUACCAAGCGAAGAGCGGAAGUAGUAAAAGACAUCAUAUCAAUUAUUUCUGACAGUCCUAACCCCUCAAAAAAGAUGAAACAGUCUUUGGAAGGUAACCAGAGAGCACUCAAUCUGCCCACUGAGAAAACGGACGUAACAGUUUACCCUCUAGGCAUUAAAGAUUCUGCUGGAGCUCUCUUGCAAGGCUUGAGGUUUUCUGAAGGGCGAGAAGAAAUUGUACUCCCAUUCAAGAUUGAAAUACACACACAGCCUUCUUUUGUCCCCCUACCUGAGCACAUUUUGCAACUUAGCAGAUUGCUGCACAACCCCAAGUUUCGCAGAAUCAGAGAUCCUUCAAAGCCAACUGUUGUUGCUCGACGACGUUUAAAGAACGUGCACUAUGCUUUGCAAACUAAAUGCUUACUUUCCACAAGACUGUCUCCGGAAAUCUUUUGCAGCAGCAUCCUGCCUUGUCCUUCUUCAGGUGGUCAUAGGUUAGAAGCUUCCCCCAAAUGCCUCAGCAGUCAAGGAAGAAGCUUGCAGGCUGCAGAGGUCACCCAGGAGCCAGCAGGAGACGGAAAGAAGCCAUUGGAAGAUCGCUUGGUCAUUGAAAUACCUGUUGAGAAGGCAAGAGAUUCAGAAUCAGGUGUUUGUCUGAUGCUUACCCAGAAACCCUUGCAAGAGGAGGCUGAGGAAGUUCCAGCUCUGCCUGUUGCCUCCUGUGGUGCAGUUGUUCAAAACAGAAGAGCUAAAGUGAAGGUGAAAUCCAGAAACCUCUUGAAACGGAGACUCUUCUGCCUUGCACCACCUUUAAGCAGUUCUUACCAUGAGAUGGUGGUGAAGCCACAUGCUUUUGCUUCGGGGAGCGGAGUUGAGGUCAGUGAGAAUGGAAGUCCUGGCAGCACUUUCAGGGGGUGGAAAAGGCCAAAGAGAGCCAAGGACUUUGAUGGGUUGGACUACCUAGAGGCCAAAAGCCAAAGCCUAGGGAGUUUCAGGAGCCAAAGCCGGCCAUCAGCCACCAAUGACAGUCCUGUCCUUGUAGUCUUUUGCAUGUUGCCACAAGCCUUUCACUUUAGUUACGAUGGAAGCAGGAGUUCCCUCAGAUGCACUCGCAGAAUAAGAUCACCUCUUCCAUUCAGGAGGCAGCUGGGAAAAACCUGGGUCAGGAUUUCUAGGCCGGACCAGCUCAGAACAGCAAGAAAAAGUCAGCUAAUGGCAAGUUCUGUUUCCUUCAGGAAUCCCUCUGCGAUUGUUCUAAAGCCUGAGUGCCAGCUCACAGAUUCUGUCUGUUUUGCCCCAAAGCUCACUGUUACAGGAAACAAAGGAGAAGGCACAGUCAGGGACCAAAUGCCAAAGCAACAAGGCAGCCAAAGCAGCUUGCUGGACAGCCCCAGGCUUAGCAAACUUACCAAAGACCCGGCACUCUUGAGGAAGCUGUCAGCGUUGGCUAACAAAUUGCUGGCACUGCCGGGAAACCCUCAAAACCGCAACCAGCUCUUGGGCUCUACAGAGCUUCUCUCUGUCCCUGAAAAGUACAGCCACUUCAGACAUAAGAAGCUCUUGGAAGUUUUCUCCUGCGUGGACUUGAAGCUCAACUCUCCAUGGUUUAAUGGCAGCAGCUGCAGCUUCAAGAUGUUCACCUCUCAAUCUUUGGCACUUUAUCCCCUGGAGUUGACCAACCUGUUCUUUUUGGAACUGGGCAAUAAUAACUCCCCCCUGGCCUUCAGUGCCCCUGUUUUCCCUGUGACUUUCCACAUAAAAUUAGACUCCAGCCCAGUGAGGAAUCUCCCGGAGCUGACAGCACAGCACAACGACCCUAGCAACAGCCACCGGUUGGCUCUGGGGGAGGCCCACGGCUUCCAGCCUUCCAAGUGGACCUUUUCUCUCCUCCUGCCUCAAAGCUGCCUCAGUGUCGCACCAGUCCAGAGAGAUGCCUGGGUCCCUGCUGAGUCGCACACCACCACACCGCUGGCCUCUCUCGGUGUGGCAGAGAGCUGGCGAAGCGAGGCCAUCACAACUCAGCGGAGGAGGGCAGGCUGCUCCCCACUUGGCCUCCACACCGUCUUGGCCCUCUAUUCCCCCGGCUGCUAUCGGAUCUGGACCAGAAGAAGGAGCCUCACCAGCCGCCUCCCAGCGGUCCAGAAUCUGGCUGCACUUCAGCUCGCCCAGGGCUUGAAGGGGUUAAGACAUUCCGCUUUUGCGUCAGCUGACCUCUUCUCUUCUUUGCCCUAUUCGCUGGGUCGAGUUCUGUCCAUAUGGAGCCAGCACGGUCCUCCCCCCAACCGUCCCUCCGAAUUCACUCCUCUCCAUUCCAAGCGCUGCAAGUGGCAGCCAGCCACUUCUGCGACCACCAGGCUGGGCUUCGGGAACAGGUAAAGCUCCCUCCCCCUUAUUUCCGAGACUCCCAUCUUGUGCGGCUGUGUGUGUGUAUUCCUGCAUUGCAGGGGGUUGCACUAGAAGGCCCGUUGGGUCACUUUCAACUCUUAGGAUUCUAUGUACUUUUCUGUCUCUUGCAGAGGGAGGGGAGCACAGCGUUAGGAACUGCAGGAGGUUGAGAGGGGGCUCACGUUCCACCUUGCAUGUGUGUGUGCCUGCCGUUGGCGAGACCUGCUCACUCAAGAUGCCUCCCCUGCAGAGCGCCAUCUUGUCAGCUGGAGCGGAGCCAGGCUUGGUUGGUUUAUUUGCUCCACUAACUCUCAUUUUUCUCCCCUCCCGGCCACACACCCCACACCACGUGCCAGAAUAUAUAUGUCGGAAAGGUGAGAAUCUGGUGGCAGAGCUCCUGGAGGUGUGAGGUAGGAGAGGUUUCAGAGUCCGGAACUACGGAGCACAGACUUUGGACUUCCAUAAUGGGUCCUGCAGGCCAGACUUUCCCAGCCUUCCAGCUGCCCCAGACUACAACUCCCGUCUCACCUGGGUUGGCUGAGGCUGAGGAGAGUUGUAGUCUGAAGCAACUAGAGAGCACCAGGUAGGGAAAGAGGCUGGCCUAGGUUCAGAGUGUUUGCCCUUACUGAAAACAACCCACAUGCGCCUCAGAGAUAGAGCUUUGAGCAGGAUAGCAUGGGGAAUUUGUAAGUAAAUAUUGCUCCAUGGGCAUCACCAAAAGUCAGCAGGAAAUGUUGACUACCUGAAUUAAAAACAGAAUUAAACAAAGGAAGUUGAAGUAGUAUUCUCUCUUCAACUUGUGGCUUUUGUAAUUCUAAGGCAGUGGGGUGUGAUCUAAAAUUAUUAAUUGGGUUUUUGUCCCACUCCUCUGAAAAAAAAUUAAUAAUUCACUUCACCACCUCGCCCUUUAGGGGCUUACUUGCUGCAUCUGUCUGUCAAGCAAAGGAAAUACCUUGUAGGUUUGCUUAACAGAAUGCAGAUUCUGUGCUUUCAGUGGCCAGAAAUAAAAAUGGAUAAAGCAGUUGAUUGUUAUGCCUACUGGGAGGAAAUAAAUCUUUUGCAUAUGGCUCAGCUGUGAGACGAUUUCAGUUACCUGUCGGUUUGCAAAAGAGAAACUUUACGAACUAACCAAGCUCUAAAAAUAGAUAUUUUCGCCUUCCUUGACCUGUUUUUAAAAUGGGUUUAGCAGAACAUGUGAAGAAGCUGUUUAAUACUGAGUGGAACUCUCAAGCUCAGCAUUUUCUGCUGUGAUUCUAAGGCAGCAGCCUCUGCCUUGUGGGUACCCUCCAAGUCCCAGCACUGCUGUGCUGGCUGGGGCAGAUGGGAGCUGCGGUCCAAACAUCUAGAAGGCAUCAGGUUGGUGUAGGCUGCUGUAAGGUUUGGGAGAUUAUUUAAGCAUAUUUUAAAGUAGUUGUCCUACAUAAGAGCCAGGUUUCUGGGAUGCUAUCCUGGUGUUUCUACAUACAAAACAAGAGCUUUUGCCACCAAACUGUCCUUCCACAUAUAUCUAAUCUCGUGUACUUGUCAAGAUUUUGACAAUGUUCAGCAUAUAGAAAGGAAGUUGGGAGGAUCAACAUAAAAAGUGAGUUUUAUCUGUAACUCUCUUACUAUCAAAUGAAGGUGCUUGUGUCAUGUUCUGAAGGAAUGCUGCCUGAGCUGAUAAAAUACAAUUCUAACAAAAUACAGAAUCAUUGUGAGGCCAUCUUGAGAAAUGUACCGCUUUGGAGGGACAGAGAGUGCUGGAUUUAACUGUGUGUUGUCACUCCUCUGACUUCCCCACCUCCCAAAUUCUUGACCUUAUGGUGGAGAUUGUGGAGCAGUUUCCUGCACAUCCUUUUGCUAAAAGCAAGGUACUGUGGGUUGCUCCCCCCCCCUUUUCGGUGUCUUGGAAAGAGGCAGCCCCUUUUAAGACCGAGAUCUGCUCUACUGCUUUAUCUUACCCUCUGUGUACGAAGCAGGUUGGCAGAGGGAAUCCCCCCCCCCGGCUGAACCCUGCAGUGGUCAAGCCAAAGCUUAGAAGGAACACCCAGGCAUUGAAGGCGUUUGAUUGCCUCCUGUGCUUCUCAUGGCUAUAUCCGAGGGCAAGUGUUUACAAAACAACACUUCACCAUGCAGUGAGGGUCUGUUUGGGGCAGGUCAGAGCGCAAAAGAGCCUCUGUUAGUGAGGCUUCCCACCCCUUUCCCCUAGCUCUGCAGUAAUUAGUUUGGCUUCAAGGUUUAUUAAAUCCAUAUAUUGCUUCCCAGGGAUGCGGGUGGCGCUGUGGGUUAAACCACAGAGCCUAGGACUUGCCGAUCAGAAGGUUGGCGGUUUGAAUCCCCGCGACAGGGUGAGCUCCUGUUGCUCGGUCCCAGCUCCUGCCAACCUAGCAGUUCGAAAGCACACCAGUGCAAGAGGAUAAAUAGGUACCACUCUGGCGGGAAGGUAAAUGGCGUUUCCGUGCACUGCUCUGGUUCGCCAGAAGCGGCUUAGUCAUGCUGGCCACAUGACCCGGAAGCUGUACGCCGGCUCCCUCGGCCAAUAAAGCAAGAUGAGCACUGCAACCCCAGAGUCGGUCACGACUGGACCUAAUGGUCAGGGGUCCCUUUACCUUACCUUUAUAUUGCUUCCCACUAAAAUGUCCUGAAGCGGUUGGCAUGCAAGUAAUAAAAUUGCAGAACCAUGUGGUUUGUUUGUUGUUUUUUUAAAAAGCCACCCCAUUUUAAACAAUAUAAUAUCACUGGAUAUGUCCAAAUGCCAAGGAAAACGGACACCUCUGUGCCUGGACAAGGUUGGUACCUGGAGGGCCUCUUUGUGGAGAGCAUUCCAUAGACGCUGUGAGGGAAUCUCCCUUAACGCAUUGGGGCCUCCCUGACCUUAUUUCCAGGCUUGGAAAAGAUGCUGGUGUGAGGCUCUGGUCUUUAAUUUGUAUGCUGCCUUCCUACAUUACUGAACUGAGGGUGGUUCUGCAACUUGUAGAAAAGACACAAUGUACAACUAUUGUCACUGUGCCACAGUUUAAAAUAAUAACUUAAGGACAAAUGGCAAAAAUUGGGAAUCCAUUUCACAUGCAGUUUUGUGAGAUAGUGUUAUCCACAGCUGUGGAUCAGCUGAGGUUUCCAGCUUAGGACACGUCGUCAAUCCUCAUCCAGUUCUACUGGCACAUUUUGGCAGAGGCCAGUCUCAGCCUCUCUGGCCAUCCUGCACACCAAGCAUGGGCUGCCUUGCAGGUGGGCUCCGAGUCCUGAAUGGUGAAGCUCUGCUCCUGUCUUCCAUUCUCCUGCACCCCAAACCUCCUCCGGAUCCCCAGUGUACCCACAAAGGGCAAUCCGAAUGGAUGCAGUAUUUCAAAACUGCAAAAGUUCUCCUGCAGUUUCAAACCCUGUCCAGCUCUCCAGUAUCUCCUUAGAUGGCUUCUUAAGUCCAUGUACGGUGGUUGCUCCAUUCAAAGGCUUUCAGGAUUGCUGCCCCUGUUUUUUUUCACUUUCUCCUGCUGUGGCUGUUCCAAUUAAGUGCUCCAGUAAGAUGAGGUGAGGGAAUGAAAGGUCGCAGCCUUGAUUGGAAGCCUUAGAUGCCCCUAGUGCUCAGCUUCCUUUGCAACUUCCUUCAGCCUUCCACAACCGGCUGCCUUCCAAGUAUUUUGGACUACAACCCACCAGCCUCUGCCAGCAACAGCUCUGCCUACUGGGGCUGGUGGAAGUUGUAGGCUGGAGGGCACGAGGUUGAGGAAGGCUGAUGUUCUGAACUUGCUCUUUUUUAAAAAAAGAAGUAACUUUGAAACCAUCAGGAGCUUCUUUAAAUGAUUUCCAGCCUCUCAGGCUAAACCUAGCACCCUCUUGUUUCAUAUUUUCUUGGCUUCUGACUCUCAGGCCGAAACCCUUCCUCCUAGUCAAGGGGUCUCCGAAACACGUGGCCCCAGGAAGCGCAGAGAGAGAGCCCAAUGUUUUCUCCCCUCUUGCCUGGAAUGUAACUUGUGCUGAUUCAGCUCUAACUUUUGCUUUUCUGUGGCUUUCUCUCCUAUCUGAACCAGCUCUGCCAUGUUGCCUCAGGUGCCUGACCAGUGUGUGGAUGACCCCAGCACGGUCGCUGAUGCUGUGAGGUAAGUGGGGGCAUGCCCACCCCUCACCCCCCAUCACACAAAGGGGCCUUUGACUUGAGGAUCUCCCCUUUCGAGGUCAAUUUUACACCUUGCCUGAAACUGUGUCUGUCUCUGACUAGGAGUCAUUGCAGAAAAUGUGUCUGGAUUCUUCCCUAGGAGUGUUGAGUGUUGGCAUGAUGCAGGAGGACUCUUCCUGUGUCCUUAUGCCUGCCCAGCCUUACUUUUUGCUACCCUGGCACCCUUGAGCUUGUUUUGAACUGCAGCUCCCAGCUCUGCAGGCAGGGCUGAUGGGAGUUGUAGACUAAAACACCCUGGAGGAGGGCGCUCAGUGCAUAUAUCACUGUUGCCUCUUCAAUCCUUGGCCUCUGCUCUUCCAGUUGGCCCUCUUUUUCAAAUUUAUUUAUUGCUGGUAUUUAUAUACCACCCAACUCUUUCGUUGCAUAUUUUAAUCAUGGAUGUUUUAUAUUUUGAUGUUUCAUUGGGAUUGUUUUAUUGUGGUGGGUGUUCAUGUUAUAAUGUUGUGCAAUUGAGUUUCUAUUUCCGAAGCUGUUGAGAAGCCUAUUUUAGUGUUAAGCAUUAUAUAAAUUAAGAAUACACACACACACACACACACACACACACACACACACACACCCCUACACACCUUCUGCAUGCAGAGCAGAUGAUCUACCGUUAAGCUACAGGCAUGACAUGAUCCCCAGCUCCCCACUGGCUUUGGCCCUCUGACUUGUCCCACCAGAACCAAUCUUGAUGCUGUCUCCAUCAUCAAUCCCUGGCCUUAAUCAGCAUGUUCUUCCCCCACACACUCACUGCCUCUUUUGUUCUCCUCCUAGGCUGGAACCUUCAUUUUCUUCGUCAUUACAUGCAUCUUGCUCACUUCUGGAGCCAGCACGUCCUCCUCUCGGAAUUCCAGUGCCUGCAUUUCCAGUCAUUCCCUUGGACGAACUGGACGUUCCUGUCCCUGUGUUGCCCAAGACAGGUAGCCGGCUUGAAAAGGUGAGUGAUGUCCUGAGGAAAGGCAGGUACACAAGUUGGUAGGAGGGUGAAUGGUGCUUCCCAUUGCUUGACAGGUAUAUAUCUUGGUUUAAGAUGUGUGUCGGUGAAAGCAUGUUUAGUAGUGGGGGGAGGGAAUGGAAGCAAAAAAUAAUCUUCGAUUUACCCUAGUGGGGAAAGAAUGGGAGUCUCUAACAGACCACUCUACCUUUCAGCUCUAGUAUCUCCUCACACCUGUCAUAAUAUGGAGGUAGUGCUGAUCUACUUUGUAGGGUUGUUUGUAAGAAUUAAUACAGUGGUACCUCUGGAUAUGAACCGCUCUGGAUACGAAUGCUUUGGGCUACGCACACGGCAAACCUGGAAGUAAAGGAAAGGUUUCCGCCUGCGCAGAAGCGGGCUACCGCCACCUGCACCUGCACAGAACAGCGCGCCUCUGGAUGCAAAUGUUUCGGGGUAAGAACGGACCCCCGGAACAAAUUAAAAUCGUAUCCAGAGGUACCACUGUAUGCCACAUUUCAGUGUGUGCAACAGCUUUCCCCAACCUGGUGCCCUCCAGAUGUUCUAGGCUCCAGCUCCCAUCGGCCCUGACCAUCACACAUCAGCCCCAGCAUCAUAUGGUUGUGCUGUCUGGGGCUGAUGGAAAUUGUGGUCUGAAAUAUCUGGAGGGCACCAGGUUGGGAGAAGGCUGGUCUAUGGUCUAUAGGUGAGCCAUUGUAAAGAGGGACUGUCAGCAGAGCAGUAGCUGCCACAGGGGGCCAGGUUUGGCAGUGAGUCAGAUCACCCUCGGGCUGUGCAUCUCAGAGGAUAUCUCUGGGCAAAUUAUGUGUGUGUCUCCUUUCUCUCCCCCUGCCCCAACCUGUCCCGUAAUUUUUGUGAGGAUAAAAUGGGAUAAUCACCCCUGAGUCAGAGGCCAGCUUGGUGGAAUGCCUCCCUUUGGAGCUUGUAGCAUCUGAAGCCAUGUUGUAAUUGCAUAACCCUCUUCUUUUCACCAGGCUGAACUGGAGAAGAGGCCAAAGAAAGUAUCUCAGAUCCGGAUUCGAAAGACUAUCCCUAAACCAGAUCCCAACCUCACCCCCAUGGGACUUCCCCGACCGAAAAGGUAGGAAUGUAUGUUCUUGUGCUCAGACUAGAUGGGCCACUUGGUCUGAACCCAGCAGGGCUCCUCUUGUGUGCUUAACCUGUAUCCCAAAUCUCUUAACGUUUUGGUGUGCCUCUUAAACUCCCUUUUUCUUCUUCUGACCAAACGCAGCAGUAACUAGAUCUGAUGGAUUACAGCUGUUUCUGAUGUAUCUCGAUUAUCAUUCUUCCAGAUUGAAGAAGACAGAAUUCAGUUUGGAAGAAAUAUACACCAACAAGAACUACAAAUCUCCCCCUACAACCAGGUUGGUUUACAUAUACCAGUGGAAGGGCUCUCUCUCUGGACCCAUCCUGGGACAGAAUAGCAAGCCUCCAUAGCUGAGUUCCAGGAUGUUAAUCUGCUGUACAAAGAGAAUUCACAGAAAACUGAAUAGCUCUCAUUUGUUCAUGAGCUGUGUUGUUGGGGGUAGUCAUAAAGUAGUGAGCUAAUGAGAACCAGUUACAUUGCCUUUUUUGUGAUGUGCAGAAGUGUAUUCAUACCCACUUUCACGCUGAAAAAUAUGUCUAAACAUACACUGAUAUGAGGAAAUAUACUAGAUUAGCUUCUGUUCAGCCCCUUCCCAACCCCUCCUCCCUGCUGUAACUUUGAUCUUUGGCUGCACUUUUAGAGCAAAGGGAGUGGCUUGCCUGGAUAUCAGCAGGAAACCAUCUGGGAAGUGUCCUAGCAACGGGAUGAUGGCGAUUGGAUUUCUAAAAAAGGGUUGGUUUGUGGUUAGAAACUCUUAAGGUACAGCUUAGCUCUGUGUGGCAGAGAUAUGAGGUUUUUAGAAUCACAGAUAUCACAGGAGGUCACUGUUUAGUCAUUCUAGUUGCCUUCUCUCUCAGAGCAGGGCUGUUCCUGACACUCCUGUGGUCCAUGAGAUGUCAUGCAGUUAGUGACAUUCUAAGCUUACUUCUUUUGGCCUUCCCAGGUGUCUGGAGACCAUCUUUGAGGAGCCAAAGGAGAAGAACGGGUCCUUGAUCUCCGUCAGCCAGCAAAAGAGGAAGCGGAUUUUGGAGUUCCAAGAUUUCACCAUUCCCCGGAAGAGGAGAGCACGCAGCCGAGUCAAAAUGAUGGGCGGUUCCACCCGGGCUCAGAAGGCCGCCUUGGGUGGAAGAGAACUAGACGUUCUCUUGAUCCAGAAACUGACAGACCUAGAAAGCUUCUUUGCCAAGGAGGAAGAGCAGGAGCAAGCAUCAGGCAGUUGAGGGUGGGCUGUCGGCUGGGAACGGCCCAUGUCCUUUAGCGCUUCAGUGUGCCUGGAAAGGCACGUAAUCAGUUUCCCCAUAUGAAACCACUCUGCUCCGAUCCCCGGACGAUCAGCUCUUGUUUACGGGCCUGUCUGGCAUGGCCGUAGAGAUAGUUCAUUAAGCACUGGGAAGGAGAGCUUCUAAUUUCCUUUUAACACAGCCAGGUGGCUCUGUCAUCCUCCUUGCAGCCUCACUGAAAAUCAUUGUUUUAACAUCCUCUGGGGAAAAUGGGUGGGGCAGAUUAAAGGCUAAUGCACCUUCAAAGGCAACAGGAUUUAAAGAACUUCCAAAUGUAUGUGUGCGUUGGGUUUUCGGCCACUCUGCUCUUUUGUGCCCCCCACCCCUAGAUGUCGUAGGGGGCUAGGAGGACCGAAAAGCUUGAGUAAAAUAGGCAGCAGGGGGAAGAGCUUAUUCACAAGCAGCACUUGUGAAGCAAGAUUUCAACAUUUUUUCCAUCCUCCGUAACCAGUCAAGGAUCCUCUGCUGCUCUCUUGAUUGAAAUUGUCUCAAGUCAGCCAGAGUCUCUCCUGGGAGAUCCCACGACAACAUAACAACUUGCACUUUUGUACUUUCUUUGCUGCAUGUGGACCCGUUUUAAAGAUGCGUGGUACGGACACUGUGGGUUGAGGUUCCCCUGGGAAAUGGCUGUAAUUGUUCAUCCCACCCCCCACCCCCGGACGAGGGAUAGCAGGUAGCAUGAGCUCAGCCCCGCUCUUUCCCUCCUCACUAUGUUCCUUUUGCUGACUUGAACCUUUCGGUAUUUGACACACCAGUGGAUUUCAGCUGCAAAGUGCGCCACAUUUUGUUGGGUUAUCUCCCCAUCCCGGCAUCGUCUCUUCUCCCUGCCUGCAAAUGCUGUGACUCUUAGAUUCCUCCUCUUUUUAACUUGAAAAAUUAUAGGUUUGGGGCCAAGCAUUGCCUAGCUCAUCUAGUUGAACAAUUUAUUAAUAACCAACUGGUGAGUAAUACAGUACUGGAUCCUGACAGGUGGAAGCUGGUGAGCGGCCAGUGACAAUUGGUAGCCACACUCAGGAAAGCUUAGCCUCCCCCUGCCCAGUUGGGAAAUUUCUGUGCUCUGGGAUACUCUUCCCCUCCCCAUUUUUAUUUGAGCAUUUACCGUAGGGAACAGCAGCUGCUGUGUGUCUGCAGUGCCUAUAAUUUGGGCCAGAUUUAAUGGCUGAAAUCCUCAUAGCUCGCCUCCCUCUCAUUUAAAAUUUGCACUUUCUGUACCUCAAAUGCCCCUUUGGGAUACCUUCUUGUUACCUCCAGAAUGAGCAUUGCUCUGGCAUCCAAUCAAUAUAGCAGAUGAUGGUAACUCGGGCAAGCCCAGGGGUGAAAUCUGUGCUACCCUCGCUUCUCUGCCAUCCCCACAUCGGAGGAAGCAAGAAGCAGAAGGUGUCAGCCCAGUUGCCUGUGAUAAAACCCUGGGCCUGUAAACUGGAGAAGUGGAGGGUGGGGGGCUGCCGCACAUGUGCCUGAAGCAACCGUUGGAUUCCUGCUGCAUACUCAUCUGUAUGGGCAAGUGAAAUAGUUUCCCCAAUGUGAUAAAGGUGAGAAAACUGGGAAUCGUUUUUGUAUGGUGCAACCUACCCCGAAGUGGCACCCUCUCCAGAUGGUUUGGACUACAACUCCCAACAGCCCCAGUAUCAUAUGGCCAGGCUGGCUGGGGCUGGUGGGAGUUGUAGUUCUGCCACUGUGGGGAAGGUUGGACUAGAUAUCGUAGCCAGUUCCAUAUGUGACUGACGUUAUGUUUGCUACUGCAUGCAAAUCUGUGGACGCUCCUGGCUAGCAAAUAAUACUUUUAUCAUGGUAGGCGAUCCCUGAACAUCUCUAGUCUCGAUAUUUUGGAUGUGUUGAAUAGAAUCAUCGUUAGAAGUACAUUUUAAAAUACAUUUUUUGUCCCAUAGUGGGAUUCUAUGACACAGCACACCAGGACAGAUUGUGAUGUGGGGAUUUCCAAUUCCGUUGUUGAGCUGAUGUUCCAUGAGUGCCAGGCAGGGUCAGUACUCUGAACAGGAGUAUGUCCUCCACUGUGAAUUUUGAAUUGUCUGUUGUUGGUGUCUUUUGUGUGGGUGUGGUUUUCUUUCCCGUUUUGUUCGCUUCCUCUUGAGAAUGCAUUUCUGUAAGGCUGCAACAUGGGAACGCAAGGACUGUUCUUGCCUUUGUUUUGUUGCAGCUGACCAGAAAAUGAGGCCGAAAUUUCCCUGUAAUGUGGUGGGAUCUGUGGCAAUGCCAACAAUGGUUGGCAUUGAAAGAGGCUUUCUUCCCUACCUGGGAUUCUUUCUAAAGGCGUCGUUUUGUGUGGAUGCAAGUUCCUCUAACCCCUGUUCUUAUAGGACCCGUGGACGGGUUGUGGCAGUAGUGUGGCUGGUGAAAAGUGGCCUCUGGAGCUGCCCCUACCGCAUGAGAGAGGUUUGGAGGAUAGGUUCCCGAGGAAGAACCUGCCUUCAGGCAAGGCCCUUUCCAAGGUGGGGACUGGAAUUCUUUUCCUUUCCUAGUUUUCAGUACAAUCAUUGAAGAAAUUCUACCCAGAGCACUUGAACGAAAAUUCCCUGUCAGGAAAGAGCCAAGGCAGCCUCUGGUGUAAGCUCUUUGGGACCGGAACAUCGUUUUGUAAUAAAAUAAUGUGGCUUGUUAGGACUGUGUCUGCUUGAAUAAAAUCAGGAGUACAUAAAAAUGUAAUCCCUCUGCAGCUGCCAGGAGGAAAUAGGGCUUGCAAGGUAACAUCGCCAGGGACAGAGCAUGGGUCAUCUCUGCCAGUGGUUAGAUUUGACUGUCUCCUUGUCAGGCUGGUCUGGCUGACGUUGUCCCCAGAGCUCUUUGAUGAGUCUCCAACUGCUUUGUGGUUAGUGUUCAGAAAUGGCUUCUUUAAGCCUUUUGCAUUAAUAAAAACUGAAUGGAAACUUGCACAUUUUUGUACCUGUCAUGCCAUUAUUAUGUGGUGUUUUUGUUUUUAAUUCCAGUAGUCUGAGUUUGAAAUUUUGCUUUCUUCGUAUGUUAAAUUAUGGAAAUAAAAAAAUUAACAUUUC